UAAACAGGUCCCUCAUUUCCCGUGCAAAUAUCGUGUGGAAGGACAGCUCUUUUCCUUUUCACGCAGAGACGGAGAGAGAGACACACACAGUCGUGUACCAGAUCUCUCUCUUCUCAUCGCCAGGCCAAGAUAUAGAAUACGUGAAAAAUGGGGCUGUCUUUCACCAAGCUUUUCAGUCGUCUGUUUGCUAAGAAAGAGAUGCGUAUACUUAUGGUGGGUCUCGAUGCUGCGGGUAAGACUACCAUUCUCUACAAGCUCAAGCUGGGAGAGAUAGUCACCACCAUUCCUACCAUCGGAUUUAACGUGGAGACUGUGGAAUAUAAGAACAUCAGCUUCACUGUCUGGGAUGUUGGUGGUCAAGACAAGAUCCGACCUUUGUGGAGACAUUACUUCCAAAACACCCAGGGACUUAUUUUUGUGGUUGAUAGCAAUGACAGGGACCGUGUAGUUGAAGCUAGAGAUGAGCUGCACAGAAUGUUAAAUGAGGAUGAGUUGAGGGAUGCAGUGCUGCUAGUGUUUGCGAACAAGCAAGAUCUUCCAAAUGCCAUGAAUGCUGCUGAGAUAACUGAUAAGCUUGGACUUCACUCCCUCCGUCAACGCCACUGGUAUAUCCAGAGCACUUGUGCCACUUCUGGUGAAGGGCUUUAUGAAGGACUUGACUGGCUCUCAAACAAUAUUGCAAACAAGGCUUAGAUUGCUUGUUCUUGAGUUUCGGGUUCCAGCAACUGCUGGAGUAUAAACUGGGAAUUUACUAUGGUAUUCUGGAUUUUGCUUGCCUGUUUAGUGUUACCUGUUAUACCAUGUUAAUGGUUUCCCUGGAAGACACUGUCCUUUGUUACCUGUAGUUUCAGAAUAAUUUUAAAGAUUUUUCUUUCUCGUGAUAUUACCUCACUAGAAUUGUUUUGUGAAUGUAAUGACAUUUUAUCUUUUGUUGGAAAUUGUAGAGCUAUAUCAUCUCUGCUAUGGUUCCCCUGGCUAAUGGCGACCAAAUGUUUUAAUUGUUUAAAUGUUUGCUUCGAUGUUAUACUAGUAGAAAUGUCAAGGUCACUUUUCUUUUAUA